AUGUUUUUGCACAGUUUAAUAGUUGCUAUUUCAUUUAAUCCACAAUCUCGCUAUUUUCAUAAUUCAGUUCAUAUUAAGGAUAAACUUUUUUUCUUGGGAGGAUCUAACGAUAAUAGCCCUUGCUUAAGUGAUUUUUUUUAUUUGGAUUUAACUCUUCCUUUUCAUAAAGAUAUUCCUCCAUGGUAUAAUCUUGAUUUUCGUAAAAUACCAUUUUGUGUUUCUGGUGCAUUUUCAAGUUUUGGUGGAUUUGAUGAUUCAACAAUUUUUUUAAUUGGUGGAAAUAGAAGCAUUAGAUAUCAUUAUUACGUUUCGUCAUUUAAUACUAAAACUUUUGUUUGGAGUCAUGUUUCAAUAGAUCAAAGUAAUCUUCUAUGGCAACGAAAUAUGCAAGGAGUUACAAAUGAUAAAGGAGAAAUAUAUGUUUAUGGGGGAUGGACAUUAGAUACUAAUUCUAGUUCUAAUAAAUUAAAUAUAUUAGAUACUGUAAAUUUAAAAUGGAUGACAGGUCCAAAUUCACAAGUUGGUCAUUUUGGACAUACUGCUACAUUAUUAUCUAAUGGAAUUAUUGUUAUCAUUGGAGGAAAUGUUAAUGAUAAAUGUAGACUUAAUAAGAUUUGGCUUUAUAAUACGAAUAAAAGCGAUUGGAGUUCUAUGAAUACUCAAGGAAUUUUACUUUCAAAUCGUAUCCAUCAUUCAGCAGUAUUAACGAAAAAUGAUAGAAUAAUAGUUUAUGGUGGAAUUAAAGAUGAUACAAAUGCCACUGAUCCUGAUUUAGUAGUUUUGGAUACCAAAGUUCUCCCUUUUAGUUGGUCAGCUCCAAAAGUUAAUAUAAUUAACAGUCCUCCUUUAUUAUAUGAACAUUCUGCUAAUAUGAUUGGAGAUUAUAUGAUUGUAACAUUUGAAAGAGGAUAUACAAUUAAUACAGAAAUCCUCCCUCAUCAGUUUAUUCUAAAAUCCAAUUGA